AAAAUAUCAUGUGCAACUGUUAAAAGUCAAAAAAAAAAAAAAAACUAAUUUCUGAGUGUCAAUAACCAUAUCCUCUCCAUAUAAUUCUCGUGCACAAAAACGAAAAAGCAUAGAAAAUUCAAGUUCAGUCGAAUCACUGACAACCUGUUCUUCUCCAUUUUUUUUCUCCCCCACAAGCUUCUUCUUCCUCUUUUUGAGCAGAGGUUGAAAAUGGAUAAAGGAAUUCCAAAUAGAAGGAGAAGACAACACAGGAUUACGAAAUCAAUGGAGGAACCCUCAAAAAAUUCAAAGAUUGCGGCCUUUACUUCCUCUGAGAUUGUUGAAAUAACUUCAAAUUUCAAAACGAUGAUUGGGAAGGGAGGAUUUGGAGAAGUUUACCUUGGCACUCUGAAGGAUGGAAUUGAUGUUGCUGUUAAGGUUCUGCUUUCGUCAUUAGAGCAAUGCCAUAAGACAUUCCUAGCAGAGGCAAAACUAUUGACUGUUGUUCAUCAUAAAAACUUGGUUUCUUUAGUGGGAUAUUGCGAUGAAGAUGGUAAGGAGGCCUUGAUAUACGACUACAUGCCUAAUGGAAAUUUAAAACAACAUUUAUCAGAGAAAAGCAAAACAACUUUGAUAUGGAUUGAAAGACUUCAAGUGGCUUUGGAUGUUGCUUGUGGGUUAGAAUAUCUACAUGGUCGCAAGCCACCAAUAGUUCAUAGAGAUUUGAAACCUGACAACAUCUUAUUCAAUGAAUACAUGCAAGCCAAGAUAGCUGAUUUCGGCCUGUCUAAAGCUUUUGCAACAGAAUCUGCCUCUUACAUAUCAACUCGUCCUGCAGGCACACCUGGAUACAUAGAUCCUGAAUCUUGGAAUAUAGGACGCAUAAGCAAGAGAAGUGAUGUGUACAGCUUUGGGAUAAUUCUACUAGAGUUGGUCACUGAGAUGAAUUCUGAAGUGUUGGACGAGACUGGCAGAACCAAUGUCCUAGUCAGAAUUUACAAAAACAUAAGAGGAAAAGGGGCCAUUAUGAAAUCAAUGGAGGAACGAGAAAGACCAAUGAGUUUAAGGAAUAUAAGAAUUUUUACCUACACUGAGGUUGCUAAAAUAACUUCAAAUUUCAAAAAAGUUAUUGGAGAAGGAGGAUUUGGGAAAGUCUAUCUUGGCACUCUACAUGAUGACGCUCAUGUUGCUGUUAAGGUUUUGCCUCGAUUCUCAAAGGAAGGUUAUAACCAAUUCCGAACUGAGGUAAAACUGUUAAGUCACUUUUAUCAUAGAAAUGUGGUUUCUCUAGUGGGAUACUGUGAUGAAGAUGGUAAGAAGGCAUUAAUAUACGAAUACAUGUCUAAAGGAAAUUUAGAAGAGCAUUUAUCAGGGAAAUGCGAAAGAAUUUUGAGUUGGAAUGAGAGGCUUCAAAUUGCUAUUGAUAUCGCAUAUGGGUUGGAGUAUGUGCAGAUGUGUUGCGAGUUAUUUAUAGUCCAUAGAAAUUUGAAAGCCCCUAAUAUCUUGUUAACUGAAAACAUGAGAGGCAAGAUAAGCAAUUUUGGAUUAGCUGCAUGUUUUUAUGAAGAAUUUGAGGAAGUUGAUUAUGUUUGUGGUGGGACAAUUGGAUACAUGGCCCCUGAGUGUCUUCGUUCGAGAGAAAUAAACAAGAAAACCGACCUGCACAGCUUCGGGAUAAUUUUACUAGAGAUGUUAACCGGUCGGCCUGCUUUUGCUCUAAAGGACCACCCUUGUCCUAGCAUAGUUGAUCAAUUAAGGCCUAUAAUGGAGGCAGGGGAUAUCCAACGAAUUGUUGAUCCCAGGUUGCAAGGAAAAUUCAAUAUCAACAUUGCUUUGAGAGUCGCAAAAUUAGCAAUGUCAUGUGCAUCGGCUACCGCAAACCACGGGCCAGACUUAAGUCAUGUGCUUGUAGAACUCAAAGAGUGUUUGGCAUUAGAGAUGCCUUCCCAACAAACUGAGGAGAUACAGAUCGACAGGGAAGAAUCACAAAAUUCAGAUGAAGUUCAUGUUUGGUGCAACUUGUUAGAAGAGCUUUUUGAGCCUCGAAAAACAAGCUCUCCCAAACACCCACCUUCAGAAGCCUAACUUCAACUUCCUAGAACCCGACUGCAGCUUCUUUGAAGUGAAAAUCGAGAAGCACCACUAUGGCUGCUUUUCCGGAGUGCUUCUCAAAACCAUUCCGCCUCUUUUACUGAAAAAGAUUGAACUUCCUAUUGUACACCUCACUGCUUAACAUAUUUACAA